UCAUGUGUUGAUGCCGCUGCUAUGGAUGUAUUGGGUAGGGUUAGGGGAGUUCAUUAGGAUCACCUCCGUAUACUCUCCGUCCUUGACCUGACCGCAAUACGUGUGAGAAUUGUCUACUGUAUAUUCUCUUCUCCCGGUUUGAGGUAAAAGUUCAUGUUCCGGAUCGAGAUUGAAUCCCAACCGCGGUAAGAAAGGAACAGAUCUCGGUCUAGGCUUGAGCCACCCAUGGGAGUUUUGGUGACAUGACGCCGACACCACAAACGACUUAACGAACUUUUCUAGCCAGGAUAAUAAUAAUAUGAUCCCCCUUGAAUCUCCCCAAAGAUCGCGGUGCAUCGCGUUUUACAAGUAUCCGGGUGAACGAUGGACCCGGACCCGCCGAUACCUCCACAGGCACCCUGUGCAGCAUGCCGGAAUCCCGACUACUCGGCCACGAGCGUGUCCCAAUCCCAUCACUCCGGCAGCAAUGAGGGCAUGGAUAAGUCCAUGGCGGCGGCCUCGAGCCAAGCUGACCUCUUCAGCGACCUGUCGGCGGCCCUGCCGGACCUCCAGCUGCUCGGCUCGGGCGCUCGCGCAGCCACCCAAGCAGAGCAGAGGAUCACCUUCUUGAACGGCUGUCGAUUGUAUCCAAAGGCGAUGGCGUGGUCGAUGCUCGUGUCGUCCACUCUGGCCAUGGUGGGCUUCGACAUCCUCCUCACGUUUAACUUUUUCUCGCUGCCCCCGUUCAAGCAGAAAUACGGCGAGCGCCUGCGCAACGGCGAGUUUGAUAUCCCCGCGCGCUGGCAGUUUGGCUUGCCCAGCGCCGCGGCGGCGGGCGAGAUUGUCGGGCUGCUGUUCAACGGCAUCCUCGCGGACCGCAUCGGAUAUCGAGGCACGAUGGCCGUGGCCCUGGUGGCCUUGUUUCUCUUCCUCUUCCUCUUCUUCUUCGCCGUCAACCUGCAGAUGCUCCUGGCCGCCGAGAUCCUCUGCGGCAUCCCCUGGGGCGUCUUCCAGACCCUGUCCAUCAACUACGCCGCCGAGGUGAUGCCCGUGGCCCUGCGCGCGUACCUGCUCAGCAACGUCAACCUUUGCUGGGUCGGGGGCCAGCUCCUCGCCACGGGCGUGGUGCGGGCAUUCCUCACCAUGGACUCGGAGUGGUCGUACCGCAUCCCCUACGCCCUGCAGUGGGCCCUAGGCGUGCCCAUCUUCAUCGGCAUCCUCCUGGCCCCGGAAUCCCCCUGGUGGUGGAUCCGCCACCACCACCCAGCCGCCGCCCGCCAGUCGCUCCGGCGCCUGACGAAACGCGGCACCGUCGACCUCGACGAAGCCAUCAGCAUGAUGCAGCACACCAACGAAGUUGAAAAGUACCUCACCGGCAACGACACCACCACCACCACCACCACCACCACUGCAGCUGCAGCUACUACCGUCUCGUACCUGGACUGCUUCCGCCGCACCGACCUGCGCCGCACCGAGCUCGCCUGCCUGGUCUGGGUCACGCAGCAAGUGUGCGGCACCAGCCUCGCCGGAUGGAGCUCGUACUUCUUCGAGCAAGCCGGCCUGCACACGACCAACGCCUUCAACUUCACCAUCGGCACCUUCGCCCUGGCCGUGGUCGCUUGCAUCCUCUCGUGGUUCCUGCUGCCGCGCGUCGGGCGGCGCCGCCUGUACCUAGCAGGGCUGAGCGCCCUGUGCGCGGUGCUCCUGGCAGCGGGCGGCGUGGGCGCUGCCUCUGCCUCAGCCUCAGCCUCACGCACCCAAUCCUGGACCCUCGUCGCCCUCCUGAUCCUCUUCACCUUCAUCUACAACCUCACCAUCGGCCCCGUGUGCUACGUGCUCCUGGCCGAGCUCCCCUCCACGCGGCUCCGCGUGAAAACCCUCGUCCUCGCCCGCGUCGCCUACAACCUCGCCGGCCUGCUGAUCAACUGGAUGACGCCGCAGAUGCUCAGCCCCGCCGCCUGGAACUGGAAGGGCCGCGCCGGCUUCUUCUUCGCCGGCUGCUCCUUCUGCUGCCUCGUCUACUGCUACUGGCGGCUGCCCGAGACCCGGGGGCUGAGCUAUCUGGAGAUCGAUAUUCUGUUCGAGAAGCGGGCCAAGGCGGUUUUAUCUUUAUAUAUAUUCAAUUUACAGUCGUUGGGUUGA